AUGACCAUCGCCCUGGAGCUGUGCGACCGUAUCAACGUGUUCGGGAUGGUGGCCCCGGACUUCUGCAGACUGGACAGGACUGUUUCACUGACAUCACCUCCUCUGCACCUGCCACAGACUGGACAGGACUGUUUCACUGACAUCACCUCCUCUGCACCUGCCACAGACUGGACAGGACUACUGGACAGGACUGUUUCACUGACAUCACCUCCUCUGCACCAGCCACAGACUGGACAGGACUGUUUCACUGACAUCACCUCCUCUGCACCAGCCACAGACUGGACAGGACUGUUUUCACUGACAUCACCUCCUCUGCACCUGCCACAGACGGGACAGGACUGUUUCACUGACAUCACCUCCUCUGCACCUGCCACAGACGGGACAGGACUCCACAGACUGGACAGGACUGUUUCACUGACAUCACCUCCUCUGCACCAGCCACAGACUGGACAGGACUGUUUCACUGACAUCACCUCCUCUGCACCUGCCACAGACUGGACAGGACUCCACAGACUGGACAGGACUGUUUCACUGACAUCACCUCCUCUGCACCUGCCACAGACUGGACAGGACUGUUUCACUGACAUCACCUCCUCUGCACCUGCCACAGACUGGACAGGACUACUGGACAGGACUGUUUCACUGACAUCACCUCCUCUGCACCAGCCACAGACGGGACAGGACUGUUUCACUGACAUCACCUCCUCUGCACCUGCCACAGACGGGACAGGACUACUGGACAGGACUGUUUCACUGACAUCACCUCCUCUGCACCAGCCACAGACUGGACAGGACUGUUUCACUGACAUCACCUCCUCUGCACCAGCCACAGACUGGACAGGACUACGGGACAGGACUGUUUCACUGACAUCACCUCCUCUGCACCAGCCACAGACUGGACAGGAGGACUGUUUCACUGACAUCACCUCCUCUGCACCAGCCACAGCUGGACAGGACUGUUUCACUGACAUCACCUCCUCUGCACCAGCCACAGACUGGACAGGACUCCACAGACUGGACAGGACUGUUUCACUGACAUCACCUCCUCUGCACCUGCCACAGACGGGACAGGACUGUUUCACUGACAUCACCUCCUCUGCACCUGCCACAGACGGGACAGGACUACUGGACAGGACUGUUUCACUGACAUCACCUCCUCUGCACCUGCCACAGACUGGACAGGACUGUUUCACUGACAUCACCUCCUCUGCACCUGCCACAGACUGCCACAGACUGGACAGGACUGUUUCACUGACAUCACCUCCUCUGCACCUGCCACAGACUGGACAGGACUGUUUCACUGACAUCACCUCCUCUGCACCUGCCACAGACGGGACAGGACUACUGGACAGGACUGUUUCACUGACAUCACCUCCUCUGCACCUGCCACAGACUGGACAGGACUGUUUCACUGACAUCACCUCCUCUGCACCUGCCACAGACUGGACAGGACUACUGGACAGGACUGUUUCACUGACAUCACCUCCUCUGCACCUGCCACAGACUGGACAGGACUGUUUCACUGACUACACAUCACCUCCUCUGCACCUGCCACAGACUGGACAGGACUGUUUCACUGACAUCACCUCCUCUGCACCUGCCACAGACUGGACAGGACUCCACAGACUGGACAGGACUGUUUCACUGACAUCACCUCCUCUGCACCUGCCACAGACUGGACAGGACUGUUUCACUGACAUCACCUCCUCUGCACCUGCCACAGACUGGACAGGACUACUGGACAGGACUGUUUCACUGACAUCACCUCCUCUGCACCAGCCACAGACUGGACAGGACUGUUUCACUGACAUCACCUCCUCUGCACCUGCCACAGACUGGACAGGACUACUGGACAGGACUGUUUCACUGACAUCACCUCCUCUGCACCAGCCACAGACUGGACAGGACUGUUUCACUGACAUCACCUCCUCUGCACCUACCACAGACGGGACAGGACUCCACAGACUGGACAGGACUGUUUCACUGACAUCACCUCCUCUGCACCUGCCACAGACGGGACAGGACUGUUUCACUGACAUCACCUCCUCUGCACCAGCCACAGACUGGACAGGACUCCACAGACUGGACAGGACUGUUUCACUGACAUCACCUCCUCUGCACCUGCCACAGACGGGACAGGACUGUUUCACUGACAUCACCUCCUCUGCACCUGCCACAGACUGGACAGGACUCCACAGACGGGACAGGACUGUUUCACUGACAUCACCUCCUCUGCACCUACCACAGACUGGACAGGACUGUUUCACUGACAUCACCUCCUCUGCACCGCCACAGACUGGACAGGACUGUUUCACUGACAUCACCUCCUCUGCACCUGCCACAGACUGGACAGGACUACGGGACAGGACUGUUUCACUGACAUCACCUCCUCUGCACCUGCCACAGACGGGACAGGACUGUUUCACUGACAUCACCUCCUCUGCACCUGCCACAGACGGGACAGGACUCCACAGACUGGACAGGACUGUUUCACUGACAUCACCUCCUCUGCACCUGCCACAGACUGGACAGGACUGUUUCACUGACAUCACCUCCUCUGCACCUGCCACAGACUGGACAGGACUCCACAGACUGGACAGGACUGUUUCACUGACAUCACCUCCUCUGCACCUGCCACAGACUGGACAGGACUGUUUCACUGACAUCACCUCCUCUGCACCGCCACAGACUGGACAGGACUGUUUCACUGACAUCACCUCCUCUGCACCUGCCACAGACUGGACAGGACUCCACAGACUGGACAGGACUGUUUCACUGACAUCUCCUCCUCUGCACCAGCCACAGACUGGACAGGACUGUUUCACUGACAUCACCUCCUCUGCACCACCACAGACUGGACAGGACUGUUUCACUGACAUCACCUCCUCUGCACCAGCCACAGACUGGACAGGACUCCACAGACUGGACAGGACUGUUUCACUGACAUCACCUCCUCUGCACCUGCCACAGACUGGACAGGACUGUUUCACUGACAUCACCUCCUCUGCACCAGCCACAGACUGGACAGGACUAGACCCCCAGCACCAGUCGGUCCCGUACCAUUACUACGAGCCCCAUGGUCCAGACGAGUGCACCAUGUUCGUGUCCCAUGAGCGGGGCAGGCGCGGCAGUCAUCACCGCUUCAUCACCGAGAAGCGGGUCUUCGCCGGCUGGGCCCGGACCUUUGACAUCCACUUCUACCAACCGGACUGGAGCCCCCCGCCGCUGCCGGCCAAUCACACGGCAGAGGAGGCGGAGACUAGCUCGCCCCAGACGUGA